UCAUAAAAUAUAUAUUAUUAUUUUUUUUAAAAUGAGUAUAACAAUGGAUGUAUCUUGGAUACAUAUGGAACUUCAAUAUAAAUACUGUCAGUUUGUUCGUUUAAAGCUGCAGUUGAUACAUCACUGGAAGAUGUUAAGUAACAAAGCUAGACUUUUUUAUGGUGUUAGUCUAUGUUGCGGGGCUUCAGUAGCUGGUUAUAUGGUUUUUAUUUAUUUUGAAAAAAAAGAAAGAGAAUUGAAGUCAAAAUUUACAAAGGAUUUAUUUGAAACUGCAUCAAUUUGUAAAAGAAGAAAAAAGGGUUUACCACCUGGUCUCUUUAAUGAAGGAAACACAUGUUUUGCAAACUGUAUUUUGCAGGCACUUUCAUCUUGUUCAACUUUCCUGAACUGGACAUCUGAAGUUCUUGAACAUAAAAAUGCAAGCCAAUUGACUGUUUUUCCAAGUGUCUGCUGUCUUCUUAAAGUGUUGACAAACAAAGCAGGAAACGAGGAUUACUACUCUGCUCGUGACGUCAUGAACUCGUUAAGUGCGCAUGGAUGGGUUAUUUCAACAGAACAACAAGAUGCUUAUGAGUUUUAUCAAAUUUUACAAGUAACUAUGGAAGAAGAAGUUGAAAAAGUCCUAAAUGGUUCUCAAGCAUCCUGCAGUUUUAGAGAGUCUGAAUCGAAAACUACCAUUUUGAAUCGUGUGUCCAGGAAUUUACCUCAACUGUUGAAUCAUAAGCUGUCAUCACCGUUUAAAGGUUCUUUUGCUAAUAAAAUGACCUGCAUCACCUGUGGAUAUCAGCCUCCAGUAAAGUUUGAAACUUUUGAAAGUUUAAUUCUCAGUCUGCAAAAUGUAUCAUCUUUUGGUUCAACGUUAAAGCAUUGUCUGAAUGAGUGGAUCAAAGCAGAGUUAGUGCGAGACGUUGAAUGUAGCAAGUGUUUAGCAAAAGGCUUGAAAUACUCCUCAUUCUCCAAACAACUUUCCAUAGCCAAGCUUCCAAAAUGUUUAUGUAUUCAAUUACAAAGAACAUCAUUCAGUUCUUCAGGAGAAAUUAUAAAGAACGCCACACAUGUUCAAUUUGAUGAACAUAUUGAUCUCACUACAUACACUUAUCAACAUGUGUCAUACGAGAAAAAGUUUAAAACACCAGCUAGUGAGAAUCCAUUAUUGCAAGGACGUUUACUUGGUGGACGACACAGUUUUAAAAAUUCAGCAGGAUGUAGCCUGUCAAUUGGAAGUUACAAGUUAUCAUCCGUCAUUCUGCAUUAUGGUGAAGCUGACGAUGGCCAUUUUGUAACUUACAGAAGAAUUUGUGACGGCUCCAAUAACUGGGUAUACGCAUCUGACCAGCUUGUUAAAACUGUACCAAAACAAGAUGUAUUUCUGUCUACUGCUUACUUACUGUUCUAUGAAAAAAUAUGACGUAACAGUGUUCUUACUUCAUGAUCAACUUUUUUUGCUAUUCUUUGUGCAAUAUUUUUGUAAUUAGAUGAAUAUUUUUGCAUUUUUAUCUUCUUGAAGGAUGUUUUGCGAAUUACGCUUUCCUGAUAUUUUCUGGUAGUUUUUUUAUCACAAGUCCCAUUGUCCUGUUAUGUAAAAUAAUUUGUAUUUUAUGAAUAUAACUGUUUGAUAAAUAUAAAAGUUAACGUUU